GUUUUUGGUUUUGGGCAAAACUUCAAACAGGUUGUGGGCAUUCGCUGCUGAGCUCCCCAAAGAGCAAAUGUGUAGCAGCAUUUGUAAGUGAAUUGAUCCUGGGAUGGCGUGUUGUGGGUUGUUGGAUCGAUAUGUUUGCUCAUCCUGGAGAAGUUUUCAUGGUGUCAGAGGGUUGUUUUGGGGGGAUUUGAAGAUGCGAACUUCAGUGAAUUUGGGGAAGAAGGGAUUUUGUCAGAUGUCUACUGUUCAAAAAUCAGAUCUAUCGCAAGAUCCUCUACCUUCCAACACUGAUAACAGAUUACAAGAAUCUUUCUCUGCUUCCACAAAGCUUAAGAAGGAGAUUGUUGCCAGUCCUCUAAAUAGCCGUGUUAUGUUGAUUGAUGGAACUUCAAUUAUGUACAGGUCAUAUUACAAACUUCUUGCAAGACUACAGCAUGGGCAUCUGGAGCAUGCUGAUGGAAAUGGAGAUUGGGUUUUGACCAUAUUUACGGCUUUAUCUUUUUUAUUGGACAUAUUGGAGUUCAUUCCUUCACAUGUUGCCGUGGUAUUUGACCAUGAUGGAGUUCACUUUGGUCACACUACUGCCAUGCCAUCAAAAGAAUGUUACAUGGCAAAAGGAUUGACUUUUCGUCACAUGCUGUAUCCCUCUUAUAAGAGCAAUCGUAUUCCCACACCUGAUACAGUUGUUCAAGGCCUUCAAUAUCUGAAGGCAUCUAUGAAAGCAAUGUCCCUUAAAGUGAUUGAGGUUCCUGGUGUUGAAGCAGAUGACGUCAUUGGAACUUUGGCUGUGAAUAGUGUUUCAGCUGGAUUUAAGGUACGGGUUGUCUCCCCAGACAAAGAUUUCUUUCAAAUCUUGUCACCUUCAUUACGUCUUCUACGAAUUGCUCCCCGUGGACCUGGGAUGGUUUCAUUUGGAAUAGAAGACUUCGUUAAAAGAUAUGGGGCAUUAAAACCCUCUCAAUUUGUUGAUGUUGUUGCCCUUGCUGGUGAUAAAUCCGACAACAUUCCAGGUGUUGAAGGCAUCGGGGAAAUAAAUGCUUUAAAGCUUAUUACCAAAUUUGGUUCGUUGGAGAAGCUGUUGCAAAGGGUGGAUGAAGUUGAAGAUGAACGUUUUAAGAAGAUUUUAAAGGAAAAUGCUGAUCAGGCUAUUCUUUGCAAGAACUUGGCAACUUUACGUUCUGAUCUUCCAUCGUACAUGGUUCCGUUUAAGAUACAAGACUUUGCAUUUCGGAAACCACAGGACAAUGGGGAAAAGUUUGUAAGCCUGUUGAGAGCAAUUGGAGCUUAUGCCGAAGGAUUUUCUGCAGAUCCAAUUAUCCGAAGAGCUUUUUAUCUGUGGAACAAACUCGAAUCAUGACACUCACAAGCAAGAAUUAACAAAAAACUGAGCCCCGAGAUCGAAAGGACCGAAGAAAUCUCGAAGAAAUCGAAAGUUCUCGAGCAAAAGCUGAUGGUUAUUCCGAGCUUUUCGUAUUAUGGUUUUUAUCGAGAAUCUCGUAUUGUUUCUCACUUUCUGCACCGAAAGCCCGAGUCGAUCGAUCUCUACGCUUGCAGGCAAUUCUUGUGUGCAGAUUUUAAAGCUACACAUGUUAUUAAUCAUUCGAAUGUCGGCAUUUUGUAUUUUCGGGGACUCAUUUCUACAAAUUCUAAUUUAAUUAUCUUGUCAUCUCGAACUUGUCGUAACAUCCAUAUAUAUUCAUGUAUCAUUUUGCUCGUCGGAAUUUCCAAGGGUAUUUUGGUAA